GGACUAGAUAAGUCUAACUUCUUCCUACUCCGUUCAAGCAUGUACUAGGUCAAUUGAAAGCUGAAAUGCAUUUUCUUGUAUAUCUGCGAAAUUAUGUGUGUUGGUAUAUCAACUGCUUUUACGUGUUUGAAAGAAAAAAUAAAAAAAAACAAUACAGUAAUAACUAGACUACUACAAACAGAUUUAAAUAUAAUGUAAUAAUGUCUGCUUUUUAUGAAUGUCCAGGGUCAAAUAUUUCUCCUAUGCGUUGUUGAUGCAGGGACUAAAACACUGGUGGUGCAUGGACAGAAUGAAUGUGACAUCCCAACACAGCUUCCAGUUCAUGAAGACACACAGUUUGAUGCCCUGCUGAAGGAGUGCCUUGAAUUCUUUAACAUCCCAGAGGCAAGAUCUGCACACUACUUCCUAAUGGACAAGCGAUGGAAUCUCAUCCAUUAUAAUAAGACGUAUGUAAGAGACAUCUACCCCUUCCGAAGGUCUGUUUCUCCUCAACUCAACCUAGUCCACAUGCUGCCAGAGAAAGGGCAGGAGCUUAUCCAAAAACAGGUGUUUUCCCGUAAACUAGAAGAGGUUGGGCGGGUUCUCUUCCUCAUCUCCCUUACACAGCACAUGCCAACCAUACACAAGCAAUCUCAUGUUUCGCUCCUCCAAGAAGAUCUCCUGCGCCUGCCCUCCUUCCCCCGAACUGCCAUUGAUGCAGAGUUCUCUCUGUUCAACGAACCACAAGGUAAGGAGCUGUUCGGCUUGGACACCCUCCACAAGGUGCUGUGGAUUAAGCUGCUGGAGGAGAUGUUUCUAGGCAUGCCCAGUGAAUACCCUUGGGGUGAUGAGAUGAUGCUUUUCCUCAACGUUUUCAACGGAGCACUGCUACUUCACCCAGAAGACAGCUCCCUCCUCAAGCAGUACACUGCCACCGCCAUCAAUACCUCUGUUCACUUCAACCAUCUCUUUUCGUUGAGUGGUUACCAGUGGAUCCUGCCAACAAUGCUGCAGGUCUAUGCCGAUUAUGAAAGCAACCCUUUACUGAGGCAGGGCAUAGAGUUUUGCUGCCGUCAGUUUUAUAUCCUCCACCGCAAGCCCUUCAUCCUGCAGCUGUUUGCAAGUGUGGCUCCACUGUUGGAAUUCACAACCAGCACCAGCACUGGUCUGUCCAAAGGAGUGUCGGCACAGUGUCUUUUUGACCUGCUGGUGUCUCUGGAGGGUGAGACCCAGGAUGCCCUUGAUGCUUUGGAGCUGGUCAAGGCAGAGAAACCAUUACGAUCUCUUGAUUUCUGUUAUGGUAAUGAAGACUUGGCCUUUUCUAUCAGUGAGGCCAUCAAGCUGUGUGUUACUGUGGUUGCUUAUGCUCCUGAAUCCUUCAGGAGUCUCCAGAUGCUGAUGGUGCUCGAGGCCUUGGUGCCCUGCUACCUCCAGAAGCUCAAGAGCAACACAGUUACAAUGGAGUCGGCAUCAGUUGCCAGGGAUGAGAUUGCAGCCAUCGCCGCUCUGGCCACGUCACUGCAGGCCCUACUCUACAGCUCUGAGACCCUCACAAGGCCCAUGACAGCGCCUCAGAUGUCCCGCUGCGAUCAGGGCCAUAAGGGAGGCACAACAGCCAAUCACGCCAUGUCAGGAGGGGUCAACACCAGGGACAACCUCCACCUGUUAGAAGAAGGUCAGGGCAUGCCAAGAGAGGAGUUGGACGAGCGCAUUGCCAGGGAAGAGUUUCGCCGGCCACGCGAGUCACUGUUAAACAUCUGCACCGAGUUUUACAAGCACUGUGGACCACGCCUCAAAAUCCUGCAGAAUGUUGCUGGUGAACCCCGGGUAACGGCCCUGGAACUGCUGGACAUCAAGUCCCACAUGAGGCUAGCAGAGAUUGCCCAUGCUCUACUGAAGCUGGCACCUUAUGACACCCUGACCAUGGAGAGCCGAGGACUGCGGCGUUACAUCAUGGAAAUGCUCCCUAUAACGGAUUGGUCGUCAGAAGCGGUCCGCCCUGCUCUCAUCCUCAUCCUCAAACGGCUGGAUCGCAUGUUCAACAAAAUCCACAAGAUGCCUACGCUCAGGUGCGCUCGCCCACAGGCAUUAUGCACCAGGAGACAGGUUGAGUGGGAGGCAGCCAGCAGUCUGAUCGAAGGGAUCUGCCUCACCCUUCAACGACAGCCAAUCAUUUCUUUCCUUCCACACCUUCGAUCACUGAUAAAUGUCUGCGUUAACCUGGUGAUGGGUGUGGUUGGACCCUCCAGUGUGGCAGAUGGGCUCCCACUUCUCCACCUCAGCCCCUAUCUCUCACCUCCACUGCCCUUCAGCACAGCAGUGGUUAGACUGGUUGCACUGCAGAUCCAAGCACUGAAGGAAGACUUCCCUCUCAGCCAUGUGAUUUCACCUUUCACCAACCAGGAGAGGCGAGAAGGGAUGCUGCUUAACCUGCUAAUUCCCUUUGUACUGACAGUGGGGUCUGGAAGCAAAGACAGUCCCCACCUUGAGCAGCCUGAGAUCUUCCUGCUUCUCCAGACAGUCAUCAAUAUCCUCCUACCUCCUCGUAUCAUCUCUACCUCUCGCACCAAAAACUUCAUGCUUGACGCUUCUCCGGCUCACUGUUCCACCCCAGGCGAUGCGGGGAAGGAUCUGCGUCGAGAGGGUUUAGCUGAGUCUACCAGUCAGGCCGCAUAUCUGGCUCUGAAGGUUGUCCUGGUUUGCUUUGAGCGCUCACUGGGAAACCAGUGGUACCGGCUGAGCCUGCAGGUGAAAGAGAUGGCUCUAAGGAAGGUGGGCGGCUUGGCCUUCUGGGACUUCAUUGACUUCAUCGUCCGAACCCGUAUCCCUAUUUUUGUCCUGCUGAGGCCCUUCAUACAGUGCAAGUUGUUGACGCAGCCCGCUGACUCUCAGGAGGAGAUCACUGCACGUCACCACAUCGCCGACCAGCUGGAGCGACGCUUCAUUCCGAGACCUCUUUGCAAGAGCUCCCUUUUCGCAGAGUUUAACAAUGAACUGAAGAUACUCAAGGAGGCCGUGCACAGUGGCUCUGCUUACCAAGGCAAAACGUCUAUCAGCACAGUGGGCACCUCUACAUCAGCAUACCGCCUCAGUUUGGCGACAAUGUCCCGCUCCAACACUGGCACCGGCACAGUCUGGGAGCAGGACAGCCAACCGUCACGCCAGCCCUCCCAGGACACCCUCAGCCGCACCGAUGAGGACGAUGAAGAGAACGACUCCAUAAGCAUUCCCAGUGUUGUGAGCGAGCAUGAAGCCUUCCUGCCCAGGGUAAUAUCACAGCGCCGCUUCUCCAGCCACGCCACUGGUUCAGCUGCCGCCCAGCCCGAGGCCCCCCGCACCACCAUGCUGCCCAGCCACAGUGAACCCAAUGUGCUAGAUGAGUCCCAGGGCCUUCUGCAGGAGGGUAACCUCUCUAGGGUUGCCAGCGUGCAGAGCGAGCCAGGCCAGCAGAACCUUCUCAUACAGCCACCGCUAGGACGAAAGCGUGGCCUCAGGCAGCUGCGCCGCCCCCUGCUGUCCAUCCCCAAGAAUGAGCCACGUGGUCGAUCUGGAGCAAGACUUUCUACAACCCGAAGAAGCAUUCAGCCCAAGAACAAACCACUGGAAACAUUAUUGGACUGUGAAGCACACGGAGACCAGAAGAGGUCCGUCACCUUUACAGAGAAUCAAAGGCAGCAGGCUCCCAGCGCUGUGGACUCUCCACUCGAGGGCAGGAAGACUAGUCCUACCUCUUUCCCCACGCUGGAAGUGCCUUCCACUGGCUCAGCCACAGUCACUGCCGACCUCCACAGCUGUGCCAACACACAGGUCCCUCCAACUAUAAGCAGCAGUGAGCAGAGAGAGCCGUGGGGCCUCGGGAGCAGACUCUCUCCUCCCCCCUCCAUCUCUCGCCCCUCUACCUCAACACCCCUUUCUGGGACCUGCUCCCCGCUGCCAUGGUCCCGAACCUGCUCCCCCCCCCCUUUAUGCCGGACCACCUCUCCACUCCCUCCGCCGCUUCCUCUUCUGAGCACGGCACCUGCUCCAGGUCCCCCACCACCCCUGGUGCCUUCAGUCCCGCUUCUUCUUCCGCCUCCACUGGGGCCGCCCAGGAUCAGAGAGAGCCCUGGGGACGAGGACACCACAGAGCUCCUGCCGCACAGCGGCACCCUGCUUCAACUCAGUGAGGACGAUGGGACGGAGAACCCCCUCCUCACUCCUCUGCUGUCCCCUCCCUUGCCUUGUCGGUCACCCCGCAGGUCACCCCUGCCCUUCUCGCCUGUGGACUUAGAUCUGGAUGAGUCCCACGUGUGAGGGUAAAAAGUGGAUUGUAUUUGUCUUUCAUCUUAUAUACUUGCUAUAAAUCUGAAGAAUACAAAAAAUAGGGAGUCUGUAAAGAAAGGGAAUGUACAGACAGAAGUUUAGUUUUAACAUCUGUUCAAGUAUAUCUAUAUAUCGCUUUAUUUGUGCUCAGCCAAUGUGUGAUUAACUGAAGUCUGCUUGUUCCCUGUUGGUUUAGACUUUAGGUUUACAAAACUCCCCCCUCAGUAUUCGUUUGAUGUUGUACCUUUCUUAAUAGUUGGAUAUGGACAUCAAAAUAAUUUCCAGUGUAUCAGUGAGGCAGCCUAAAUGUUGAAUGUGCAGUAGCAGCUAAGCUUCGUUCCUGAUCUCCACAUAUGUUUGGUUUACGCUACUGUAGUCAGUUUUAUUCUGAAAUUUAUUUUCGUUAUAAACCUCAUUGUAACACAUAGUGUUUAUAGUGAAAGUAAAAAAAAAAUGCUUAUCUCAUCAAUUUUUCUAUUAUAUUUAACUAUUACUCUACAGUAUAUCUAUAAUGAAAAGAUUAAUGGUAUAUAAAUUUAUAAGGAAAUGCUAUAACUUAUAACAAAUACAAAAUGUUAGAAAAGAUUAUAAAAGAGAGAAAAUACAGAAGUUGUAUUCUCAGUAUAUUAAACUGUGGGUGAGAGGAAAGCUUUAUUAAUAAAAUCAAAUUAAUACAGAAAUUGCAUUAUAAAGCUAUGUGAUGAAACUUGUACUUGAAAAAAUGUAUAUACUUAUUUAACAUUUAUGAAGAUAACUAUUUAUAUAUAAGUCGAGCACAGACAAAAACAUUUUUAAAUCCACUAAUUUUGGAUUUAAAAUUAGUGGAUUAAAAAGCCAUAGCUAGUGGUACAACUUUAAGGUAGACAGGCAGGGGGAGCAUUAUUCAUUUGAAAUGAAGUAUUACGCUUAAUUGACUGUCGUCUCACUAGCAAUAUGAAAACAAUGAUUCAACCAGCUGAACUACCUGCCUGGAGCUGAAAGCAGUUUUUCAUUCUGGUUUCAGUGGCAGAUUUUGUCUUGAGUAUUUCUACGGCUAAAACAUCUCGUGCAUCAUGUUGAACAUCUGUACGUGAGCUGAUUCUACAGUGUGUAUUGUACUGCUCCGUGUCUCAGCAGAUUAUUUUGUGACCAAAGACUUCUCUUGUUUCUGUGGUCAACCAGUAUAGGAAUUUAGAGCUAAAAUUCACAUUUGUCCUGAUGUUGCAGUGUUGUCGCUUGUCUGUAAUGUUGUUUAAUGUUCACAAAGGUCAAAGCAAUUUCAUUUGUAAUGAAAUGAUGCAGUAGAUAGCUGUUACCUCAUCACUCAUCCCAUGCCUUAACAAACCCACUUUUAUUCAUAAAAAACUUAAUUCUUCUAAAGAGUUUAGUUACUCGACUGUGGUUACUUACAGUACACUGAACUACACAGAAGGACACAGUAAUAUAACAAAUGAUCUGAAAUCACUGAAAUUAAAAUUAAAAAACAGGUCAUAACUUACUUGACAUCUACUGUACCAGUUCAAUGGCAGUUUCACUUUUGUGCAUUUUAAUAUACAGUUACCGUAACAUAAAUCAUGAGAUACACAAUUAAAUGUAUGUUGUCAUAGGCUACUUUGUCGAAGUAUGUGAAAGCGAUGCAGAUUUUUUUUAGACACAUUUUGUGUAGACACAUACUGUGUCUUUUAAAUUGUUGUGUGUCUGUCUUUGUGCAAAGUUAAAAUACAGCUACAAACAAGAGUAUUUCUGCAAUAUACAGUACUAAUAAAUGGUUAUUGGUUACAAUG